AGUGUGGCUUCAUAGGGCCUCCAACAGACGAAAAUGGAAAGCUUUGGAUGAAGAGAGUUGGCCCUGGUGAGAAGUCUGAGGAUUCAGAAAGGCUGGUAUGAGGACAGCACUUCAAAGAAGAAAUCACUGUACAAAGACCAUAAAUGACUACCUACUAAGACCAUAUCAAGAGCUCACCAGCCACCACACACAACAGAAAUAGACUAAGCACUGCUCCGGAUGUGCUGACACAAUUGUUUCAAUCACUCGCAGGACUAAUAAGAAGCUGCCCAAAGAUUAAGUUCCACUCACCACCAGGAAAAGUUCUCCACAGUGACCCUAAAACAGGACUGCUUCAGGAAACUGUGCGUUCCUGUUGCUCCAGUGUCUUCAACAUGAUCCACUUAGCUUAAUUUUAAACUGAUGCUGUCACCUGGCAAGUUCUGAAUUUUUUGCUGAUUUUAUAUUGCCCAUAGACAAUUUGAGGAAUGAUGCAGACCGAGAAUCCUCCAAGACCCAGUUUUCAGAUGCUUCCAGUGUUGUGAAGAGAGGCCUGUGUGGAUUAUGUGUCUCCCAGAUAGACUAGAUACCUGCUAACAAUGGACAGGUGCAAGCACGUUGAGCAGCUGCAGCUCACUCAAGGCCAUUCCAUCCUCGACCCUCAGAAAUGGUACUGUAUGGUCUGCAACACUACGGAGUCGAUUUGGGCUUGCCUCAGCUGUUCCCACGUCGCCUGUGGGAAGUAUAUCCAAGAGCAUGCACUGAAGCACUUUCAAGAAAGCAGCCACCCCGUUGCCUUCGAGGUGAAAGACAUGUAUGUUUUUUGUUAUCUUUGUAACGAUUAUGUCCUAAACGAUAACGCAGCUGGAGACCUGAAGUCACUCCGAAGUACACUGAGUGCAAUCAGAGGUAGAAAAUACCCUUGUGUGGUUCAGAGUGACACGGUUUUACAGCCUGGGGCUGCCCAGGACGAUGCUUACUCCUUACUCGACCGCACCCAGUCUCUAGCUGGAAACGAAGAUCCAAUGUGUAACGCCCUCUGGCACAGGAGACGGGCGCUCAUGGAGAAAACCUUUCGAACUUGGUUUGAGCAGUCACUGAUUGGAAGAAAAAGGCAAGAGCAAACUCAGGAGAGAACGGUAGCAAAACGAGAGGUGAAGAGAAGGCAGCAGGAGUUAGAGCAGCAGAUGAAGGCCGAGCUGGAAAGCACACCUCCGCGAAAGAGUUUACGCUUACAAGGCCUCUCUGAGGCGGCCACGAUCGAAAUCUUUCCAGUGCAGGCGUCGCCCCCACCUCCAGCAUCCCCAGCAAAGGAGACAGCUGCGCUGCCUACUUCCGAAGACGGAAAACUUAAAGUAAGUGACUCCUUAAUCAAACGAAGGCCAGCAGUAACUCCUGGUGUAACCGGACUGAGAAAUUUAGGAAAUACUUGCUAUAUGAAUUCUGUUCUUCAAGUGUUGAGUCAUUUACUCAUUUUUCGACAGUGUUUUUUAAAGCUUGACCUGAACCAGUGGCUGGCUGUGGCUGCUAGCGAUAAGACCCGAUCUUAUAAGCACUCAGCCGUCACGGAUGCGGCAUAUCAGAUGAACGAAGGACAAGAGAAAGAGAAGGGCCUCUCGUGCUCCAGACAUUCGGGUUUAGCAGCGGGCCUAAGUGGAGGGGCCUCAAAAGGUCGGAACAUGGAGCUUAUUCAGCCCAGGGAGCCCAGUUCGCCGUACAGUUCUCUUUGCCAUGAAUUACAUACCCUUUUCCAAGUCAUGUGGUCUGGCGAGUGGGCCUUGGUCUCGCCAUUUGCAAUGCUUCACUCCGUGUGGAAGCUGAUCCCUGCUUUCCGUGGUUACGCCCAGCAAGAUGCUCAGGAGUUUCUUUGUGAACUUCUGGAUAAGAUACAGCGUGAACUAGAGACAACUGGAACCAAGUUACCAGCUCUCAUCCCCACUUCCCAGAGGAGACUUAUUGAGCAAGUUCUGAAUGUUGUAAACAACAUUUUUCAUGGACAACUUCUUAGUCAGGUUACAUGUCUUGCUUGUGAAAACAAAUCAAAUACUAUAGAACCAUUCUGGGACUUGUCACUGGAAUUCCCAGAGAGAUACCAAUGCAGUGGGAAAGAUGCCACCUCCCAGCCAUGUCUGGUUACUGACAUGCUGGGCAAAUUCACAGCAACAGAGGCUUUAGAAGGGAAAAUCUACGUGUGUGACCAUUGCAACUCAAAGCGUAGAAAGUUUUCGUCAAAACCAGUUGUACUCACAGAAGCCCAGAAGCAGCUUAUGAUAUGCCACCUCCCUCAGGUUCUCAGACUGCACCUCAAACGAUUCAGAUGGUCAGGACAUAAUAACCGAGAGAAGAUUGGCGUUCAUGUUGUGUUUGAGGAGACCUUAAACAUGGAGCCCUAUUGCUGCAGGGAGACCCUGAAUGCUUUCAGACCAGAGUGCUUUAUCUAUAAUUUAUCUGCUGUCGUAAUCCACCACGGAAAAGGAUUUGGCUCAGGACACUACACUGCCUACUGCUACAAUUCUGAAGGAGGGUUCUGGGUACACUGCAAUGACUCCAAGCUAAGCAUGUGCACUAUGGAAGAAGUACGCAAGGCCCAAGCUUAUAUCUUAUUUUAUACUCAGCGAGUUAUUGAGAAUGGACAUUCAAAACUCUUGCCUCCUGAGCUCCUGUCCAAUAGCCAACACCCGAAUGAAGAAACUGAUGCCUCUUCUAAUGAAGUCCUUAGCUGAUCCAGACAGUGGGCUCUCGUUAUUUGUAUAUAUACUUUUUAAAUGGGCUGACUUACGA